AUGAACAAUCCUUCGAAAGGAAGCACCGAGCGCCGAUACAAUUUCGUGGACGUGGCAAGGGGCCCGGAGCUGCACACAUCUUCGACUUCUUUAGUCAAGAGCCGAGCCCAAAAGGAACGCGACACCGUGUCACUAACCGACCAGCCUGUUCAUCUACUCGCGUGUAGUUUUUUGUUUUUCUUCUCAUGCUGUUUACCGUCUCCCAGCUUCAAGAUCCUGUGGCUCACUCUGUGUCAGCCUCACAAUGCCAUGGAGAUCGAGUACCUGCCAGUUUAUACGCCGUCUGACGAGGAGAAAGAAAACCCAACCCUGUUCGCCAGCAAUGUUCGGAAACUCAUGGCCAAAGCACUGGGGGUGCCGCUCGCCGAUCUUUCCUUUGAGGACCGAGACAUCACGUUUUCCGAGGGGCCCCUGCGCAUCCGCGACCCCAGCGGCCUGCUCGAGUUCAAUCGGCUGGUGCGCCGCUUGGGGGUGAAGAUCACAAACGGCCUGCUAAAGGAGCAGGCCAGCAGAGCCAGGAAGCUGCUCAGACAUCAGCUGAAUUUAGAAGACCUGGCAUGCUUCCUCCACCUGCCCGUUACGAAUACACUACGAGAAGUUACCAGCCUCUUUAUCCAGGAUGAAGAGGGACACAUAGACAUCAGACACUUUGUUAUUGCCAUGUCCACUAUUUACCGACCAUCCAGGUCAAUGGAGACCCUCAAACUGGCCUUCGAGAUGUACGAGAACGAGGACAGCGGCGAGGUCCAUGAAGACGAGCUGGCCUCCACUCUGGAAAUCAUGUUAGGAGUGAAAGAAGUGGAAUUAUCCGUGUUUUUUAUGGAGCUCGACGGAGCAGACAGUGGGAAAAUCACCUACGACAAACUUUAUCGUUUCAUCGAGCAGCAUCCGCGCUUCGUCCACGACUACCUGGACUUCCAAGACCACCCACGCAGAUCCUGCAUCCGCCGAUCCGACGCCUGCAAUGGUCAGAGCCACGACAAAGACAACUGAAAACAACAAUUCAAGACAAAUAUUUCUCUUCUCGUCCUCGCUCUGGGAUGCGGCGCCUCUGCCGCAUUAAGUUACCCUCGCAGCAAGCGAGGGUGGGAUGAAUAAACACUGAGCGGGAUUACAAACAAGUUGGCCCGGAAGGCUUUGCGGAAGUA